UCAUUGUGUGGACUAUAAUGGCGGAUAAAAAGUUACUUGGCAUUUCAGAACAGGAGCGGAGUAGGAAGGAGAUGUGGGAAAAAGGACUCCCCUCCAAUGAAAUAUCGACUCACCCAACUGUUCAAGCGAGCUUGACUGGGCGUCUUUGAGGAAUCAGAGAAACCUGCCGAGCUAUCCGAUCAUUCCUGUUGUCUCUGAUUGAAAUGGGAACGUGGGGUCUCCUAUAAUCGCAGGUGUGAUUUAGCUUGUGUUGUUGUUGGUUAUCAACUAUAUUUCCAUAACAAAUACGUAUGUAUUAAAAUUUAGCUCUGAUCAGAUAUAAUUCUGAAUUCUAUUUAUAUUUCAAGAACUGGAUUCAAGGAUUUAUUGUUUCCAUGCCGCAAGUACUAUGUGUUGAUACUUGAUAAAAGAGACAAGUUUUCCACAACAUAACAAUUUGUCAGUUGUGGAAAAAUACAUCAUCCUACAUAAUGGACUCGUCGUGUUGCUUGUAUUUUAACUAUGAUCUUGACUAUUGUGUAAAAAAUGCGCUUCAUAAUAUUUACUAUUAUUUAUCUACAUAAAUUUUCAUCAAAUCUUUUUACUAUCGAUCUACUGUAGUCUUGUUCAGAUUUAUUCUGCGCAACUUUUUAACUAACAAGUAGUUAGGCUUAACGUUUUAAAUAAAAAUAAUUAUUUGUGUGCAUGGAGCAAUCUUUGUGAACAAUUUUGAAUGUCAAUCAUAGAAUGUUUACGUUGACGAACAUUUUAUGCAACCUAAUUACCGUAGCCGUACGGAAACCUGAUCUACUGGUACUAGUGUGAUCUACUAGUACGGAAAUAAAGAUUGCUCUCGUAAAUUGUGACCUAAUAUUCUAUGCUACAUUGAAAUAAAACUCGGAUGAAGACAAUAAAAACUAAUUGUGAACUGUUCUAAAAUGAAGGCUGAAAUAAUGUACUCGACAUUGUGGAUGCUGGUGUUAUUAUGCCUAUCCGUUGCUACAAUAGAAUCUCAUGAUGAAACACACCCUUUAUGUCACUACCUCAAAACUCCCAUGAUAAAACAGAUAAAUGUGACAGUUGGCAGCCUUUUAGAUGAUAACAGUACUGUUCGUUGUGCUAAACCCACUGAUUCCUGUUACAUACUUUGGCAAGAAGAUUCUCGGAACAAAACCAUUAAAAUUGUCAGUCAAGGUUGUUGGAAUGACGGAAACCAGAAAUGUCAUCAAAAUGAAUGCAUUCCUGAUAGCAAGUCUAAUAGAGCACAGCCUAAAACUAGAUUUUGUUGUUGUGAUGGUAACUUCUGCAACUCUAACUUUACAGAUAAUAACAAUUCUUCUGAUUCUCCUGCAGAACAUGAUCCAACAUAUGUGGGACCUCUGUCUCAUUCCUGGUAUAUCUUUAUUAUCAUAGCAGUUGUCUUUGCCAGCUUUUUUUCCUUCAUUGUUUUCUUGUGGUAUCGGUUUGCUUGUACAGUUCCCAAGCGUAGCAAUGAAUCUUUACACCUUAUGGAAGCUCCUCCACCAUCUUCACCCAAUUUUGACCUGGAUACUCUAAAAAUUCAAGAAUUGUGUUCCAGAGGUAGAUACGGAGCUGUGUAUAGGGCAUGCUUGAAUGACCAAAGUGUUGCUGUAAAAAGAUUUACCCAUCAAAACCAACAGCACUUUUUGAGCGAACGAGCCAUUUAUGUUCUUCCAUUCAUUGAACAUUCCUCAAUACCAAAAUUUAUAGGUUCCAAAGAGCAGAAGGAUGAAGAUGGUAGGACAGAAUUCUUACUUGUGGUAUCAUUUUCUCCUCAUGGUUGUUUAAAAGAUUAUUUAAAAGAAAAUACAAUAGAUUGGAAUCAUUUGCGCAGAAUGAUAGAAUCUGUAGCCUGUGGAUUAGCUCACUUACAUUCUGAGAUAAAGAAAGGAGAUAAACGCAAACCUUGCAUUGUGCAUCGUGAUCUCACAUCGAGAAAUAUUUUGGUGAAGUCAGAUGGUACUUGUAUGUUGUGCGAUUUUGGAUUUGCCAUUCAAAUCACUGGUUCAACUUACAUUCAUAAUGGAGUAGAAGUAAAAGCUGAAGAGACCUCCUUAGCUGACGUGGGAACUUUGAGGUACAUGGCUCCUGAAAUAUUAGAAGGAGCAGUGAAUUUGAGAGAUUGUGAGUCCUCAUUGAAGCAGACUGAUGUUUAUGCGUUGGGACUUGUUAUGUGGGAAAUCGCUACUAGGUGUAGUGAUCUUUAUCAAGGGGUAGAAGUUCCACAAUAUAAACUGCCAUAUGAAGCAGAAGUUGGUAAUGAACCUACCAUGGAGCAAAUGCAAACCUUAGUUGUCAAGCAUAAAUCUCGACCUCUUUUCCCUGACAUAUGGAAAACAACCAAUCCUGCAAUACGAUCAUUAAAAGAAACAAUUGAGGACUGCUGGGAUCAGGAUGCUGAAGCAAGAUUGACUGCUUUAUGUGUUCAAGAACGAAUCUCAGAACUUCUUGUGCUUUGGGAAUGGCAUAAAGCUGGAUUAAGUGGGUCAGGUAUCAGUCCUUCUCUGAAUAAUGUUUCCAAUUUGGAAAAAUCGAAUAAUAACAAAUCAGGAAACGACAGUGUUUUCGGCUCUGGCAGUUUAGAUGAUCAGUUCAUCAUACCACGUGAAAGAUCAAAUAGUAUUUCUGAAUGCACUACCGAAACACUUCUGUCUCCGUCAGAUGCGCAAAACAAUGAUAAAAACAUAAUAGCCAACAACUCAUCUCCCGGUCAAAAAGUAUCUUACCCUCUGCAGCCUCAUCAGGGACGAAAUCCGUGUUUGGAGCGCAAUCUCAAUCAAGAAGCUCCGGAUGUCAUCGGAAACCGCUUGCUCGAUUGUACACUUAAAUACCCUGGCAAUAACAAAAUUUUCUCUUUCUCUGAUGGUGAUGCAAACAUUUUCAGUUUACCUCCUGGCAUGACGAGUACUCUAAUGCCUAACGGUCUCACCAAUCAUUCCACUAGAAUUCCUAUACCUUAUGUGCAAAAUCCAGUCAAUUCUUCAGCCACCAUUCCUAAAGUAACCAACUUAACGAGUAGUAAUUAUGGGCAUAAUUCUAGAUCUAGAGAAGAGAGGAGAUGGAGCCCUUUGAAUAUAUUUGAUAACAAGAAAGGUUUUAAAACUGGUUGGAAAAAUCUGUUAGAUCGUAAAACUUCUUGUAGCAAUGGCUAUAUUCCUGAGGAGCAGCAACCUCUGCAGAGUUCUGCGAUUUCUUCUCCGAUAUCACCGAGUGAUUACGAGGAGAAACAGGGUCAAAUUAAUCCUCAGUGCGAAGAAAAGCAGGGCCCUCUAGAGCCAUUCUGGCCUGUAGAACCAAAAAAUGAUCAUUCCAAUUUCAAUGUAAAUUGUACCAAUGUCCAUUCGCAUUCGUUAGGCAUUGCAAGUGAAGAAUGCGCCGAAUCUCCGAAUUGUCGUUCGUUAGAGGAACUCAAAAUUCCCACUAAAAGUGACUGCCCUACACUAAUCAAUAUACUUCCCGAUCAAAUUGUUUCCGUUGAGGAUAAGUCGAAACGUCCCACUACAUUACCUGUUCAUUGCUUGAGCAAUGAGUUUGAUGAAGACUUUUUUGAUUUGUCUGACUCUGAGACUACAAAAGAACUGGUAAAUAUUUCGGAGAGUUCUGCACUACCGAAUGAAAAUCAAACUGUGCAAAUUAGACGCAAGGGUAGUGGUGGUAAGCGUAAUGGGAUCAAACGAGUAAAAACUCCCUUUGAAAUUAAAGGACGAUUCUCACUUUACGAUGACAGAAUAAUGUCUUCUGUUGAACUUCCUGGUGAAUCCUCCAAACCUAACCAUUCCCAAUUGGAUAGUAAUAAGUUUUCUGUAUCUGUUCCUUUAAACAUGAAUGUUCUGUGUUCUCCACCUGGUACAGAUCAGGAACAAGCAAGCCCGAAACAGAUAAAGUUUCAGGAAAAUGUGCAAGUGAAACCUCGUAACGGUUUUACAUUACCAGUUAGCUCUAAUGUUCCACAAAAUGUUUUUUCAUUUAAUGAUAUUUGAGUAAAAGUUAUGUUUUCAUGAGUUGUUCAUAUAGCUGCUAUAUGCUUCUUUUGUUACUGAAAUUAUUACUGUUUUUUACUACUUUUAAUUCACUUUUGGUGCAUUCAUUGUUAUUUUGUAUCUGUUUUGGUUAUCUCCGUAUGCCGAGUUCUGGUAAUCUGACUCUAACUUGGAUUAUUGAAAGCUUGGGUUAAGCUAAUUUUCUUCUAGCUACGUAAAAAUUACGUAAUUAUGAAUCUGGAUUUUUUUAGGGAAAAAAUUUUGUUUUUAGUUUGGCAUUCUUUUUCAAGAAGUGUUUUAUUGCAGUUUUUCGAAAAGCUGCGGCUGUUGUUCCACAUAACAAAAUGCAUUGAGCUGUUGAAAGAUAAAUUUGCUUUUUUGUGUAAAAGAUAAUUUCUCUGUUGUAAUUUUCAAAUGAUUCUAUCAUUGAUCCAUAUGAAAUCAUUCUUUAAUACAAAAUACUAUGUAAAUAAAUCUGUUACAUCUUCAUGUUCAGGUAUAUGUCUGUAUAUUGAAACUGAAAUUUUUUCUUAUAUUGUGUUACCUUUUCUGAAAACUACAAUAGGCAAAAUUUAAAAUAUAUAUAUAUAUUUUUAAGCACCUCAGAUUCAUGAGAACUCCAAUUAUCAAAAUAAUCCUUUUUAUGUAUAUUUCUGUUUUAAAUAUAAAUUAUUUAAAACCAAAUUAUGUUUCCUGAGCAUUUUAUGUACAAUUCUUACUGUACAAAUAUUUUUUUGUGAAUAAAUGAGUUCUUCAUUUUAUAUGUUAAUUCAACUUAAACUUUGUGUAAAAAAUGUUGUGCAUAGUUGUGUAAAAGAGAACAUUCCUUUAGCAUUUUUGAAUAUUUUGUCCUCAAUUAGCUAUUUUUUUUUUCUCAGAUAACAAAGAGCAUUUUUCUUCCUCUAAAAAAAAGAUAAUUUAGUUUAAAAUUUAUAAUUAAUAAAACUAUUAACAGUUUGAAAAAUCUUCUAAGAAUUCAUUUACUGUAAAUUCAUUAUCUAAAAAUUCGUCAUCUGUGUGUAACAUUCAGAAAAAUUGAUACCUAAUUACUAUUUGAAUAUUUAAUUAAACAAGUGUUUCAAAUUAUCUAUUGCAGCAAUUCUCUAUCUGAUCUAUUUUUAUGAUGGUGUAUAAACUUUUCAUAAUAACUUGUGAAAAUAAAAUAAAAAUUUUUUACUUGUUUUCCUCACUGUUUAAUGAUCCCGGUGAAGAGCUCAACGAAUGAUACUUAAGUGAGAAUUUUUAUCUUUGAAUAAAAAGAAAAACGAUCUAAACAUGGAUGUUUUUUUUAAUUUUUUACUCUAAUCACAUUUCAGUUGGUAGUUCAGUUCCCCAUAUUUUACCUAAAUACAUGCAUAAAUACAUAGGUUACUUAAAAAGUGUUUUAAUAAUAAAACUGUAGGAAUAUAGACAUUGUUAGCAGUGAUGAUUCAAAACUCAGAUAUUUUAAUAAUCAAUGAUAUUUAAAUUUAACGAAUGUUUAAAUUUUCUAUCAUCUGAAAAUAAAGCACUUACAAAAAGAAAACUCUUUAAAAAGUUAUUAAAAUUCUAUAAAGAGAAAAAAAAAAGCAUUUUCUAAAUAUAUGAAAUGUAUAACACAAUUUAUUUAUUUAUUUUGCCAUGAACUACAUGUUUUUAUUAGCUAAAUUCUUUUUAAGUAUUCUGUAUGCAUGUAAAUAAGCUACUGAUUGAUAAAAUUUAUGAAUUCAUUUUACAAUUGAAAUACACAUGUUUAAAUUUUAGUUUAAUUAUAGACGGACUAUAUGUUAAAUGUAUCAAGUUGUAAAAACUUUAUGGUGCUAUGCUUUGAACUUAAUGAAUUUUGUACUGUAAACUCUCCAUGUGGAAUUUUAGAAAGAUCAGUGCACUUGCUAAUGUGCAAUAUUAGUUAUAAUCUCUUGAACUAAAGAUAUUAAUACAGUGCUAAAAUUUAGUAUUUGAUAGCGGAAGAGUUUAUUAGGAAUUAAAUAUUUAGUCUUGUAUUCAGAUGUUAGUAUUUCUCUAUCUUAAUAUCAAAAGAGUUUGUAUCUUAACCAAAACUAAAUGUUGAAAAAUUAUUAUUGAGAAUGAAAUCAUAACUUUACUGGAAGAAGAAAAAAAAUUAGCAUAUAUCAAAAUUGUGUAAUGCAAUGAUUUGUUAAAUUUGUCUAAAUUUGUCUGUCUAUACUAAAAGGGUUUUAAAAAUGUGACACUUAAUAUUUUUAACAUUAUGUUUUUCCUUUUUAAAUUCUAUUGUGAAUAAUGAAGUUGUUUUUGUAUUUUAUUUUUAAAUUUCUUAGAAAUCCCUGUUUAUAUAUUGUGAUAAUAAAGCAGAGCAUUUGAUCAUCUAAUUCUGCUUUGAACUGUAACUUUCAAUUCUUGUUUUAAAAGCAGGGAUGCUUAUUUUAUACAGAUUCCCAUCCUCAAUUAAAGGCACGUUAAAAACUAGAACUUUCAUUGGGUUCUGUAAUCACAGUCUUAAAAUUCCUUACUAGAAAUUAAAAGAAGUCUUACCUAUUUUAAGCAGUUUAAAUAUGUUAUUUGCUAUGAAAAAAAAAAUUUUUUUCCUUCACAAAAUAUGAGUUAUUCUGAAGGUCUAUCAACAAAAAUUCCUCAAAAUUUAAUAUCCUUAUUUCCUCAUUUAACUAAAUUUGCAGCCUUUAAUGAGUAGUAUUUUUAUUUUAUUUUUUACAAGGUUUCUAAAAAUAUGUAUUAAGAGUAGUGAUUAUGGACCACCCUUUGUUAAGUUUAAAAGUGUGAUACAAAAAUAAAAAAUUUAUUUAUUAUAUCAGUAUUUAACAUUUUGUAAGUCUGGCUUAAUAAAUUGCUAUACUUUGACUUUUUAACAAAAAUGCAAUAAAAGUACAGUGUAAUGAGGUCAAGUAUCGGGUUAUUAUUCUUCAGUAAAUUAACCAGAUAAACAUUUAGUUUAAUAUUUUGAUAAUUAUAGAUUAAGGAUCAGUAUUGUUUAAAGUAAAGCAUCCCUGUGCAAUAUAAUACUUAAAAUUUUCCUGAAAUAUCUUAAAUGUAGUAAUUUUGAAAGUCUUCUACAUGUUUUUGUAUAGUGUAUAAAAUGCUUGGCUAAUAUUAACUCACUGAUAGUGAGAAAUUUAUUUUUGUUAGUUUUGAUAUUGUACUCUAGUUGUAUGCUUUUAGCUAACUAUUUAUAAUACAACUCUCUGUGUAUAAAUUUAAAGAUAUAUCCAGUUGUAGUAGUCAUUUGCACAUUCAUUCUUAUUAAUAAUGUAGAUUUGUAGUGAUGUCAUUAUGAAAAAAAAAUAUUUCUUUGAAAAUUUAGUGAUUCAAAAAUGCUAAUAUCAUCAUUGCUUAGCAAAAGUAAUGUUUGGCGCAAAUGAAUUCAUUAUUAUAAGUAGUAUUAGAAUGAAAAUUUUUAUUUUAAUAUUAUAUUCCAGUUAUGAUCAUGAAUUUAAUCAUAACUAAAAGCAAAAACAUUCAUUUUAAUUUGAGGAUUAAACUGUUAUCAAGUAUUUUUUAUUAAUAAAAAUUCUGUUUGGUUCUUAACUUGUCGAUGAAAUAUUUUAAUAAUUUGCUUCGGAAUUCUUAAAUAAAUAUAAAAUCAUGCUCAUGAAUGAAACAUAUAUGUGUUUUAAAUAUGAAUUUCUAUUUUCAUAAUCUAAUGAUUACAUUGGUAUCUUGCUUCGGUGUUAGAAAAUAUGCAUAAUGCAUUUGUUUUAAUUGUUUAUGGGAAACCAGAAAAAAUACAACUUAUCAAUGAAGCAAUAGAAAUAUUUUUAUAUUUUUUCAAAAUAACCGAUUACAACAAAACUUUUCAGUUACGGAUGGUAUUUAUGUAUUCUAAAUAUGGCUUGCUAUUUCUGCUAACAAUGUAUGUUUCUUCGUUAAAAAUUUUUACUGCAUUACAAUCAACUAUUUAUUUAGAAUCCUGAUAUUUAGUGACAUAUCAUUGAAAUUCAUUGUUUUCUUGUUAAAUUGUACCUAUUCGGUUAUAUAUACAGUACAGAACCCGUUAUCCGGAAAUCAGAAAACCGGAACGAAAUUUGAUAAAUUUUCCCGCCAUUUUUUU